AUGAGGAGGAACGUAUUUACUAGUUAUAUCAUCUGCAAUCGCCUGAAUCUCAAGACGUUCUUCGAACCAAUCAUAGACUUUAUUGAGAUAGAACGGAUUUGGGUUGGCCAUAACAUCUUAAAAUUUGAUUGUGUUCGCGUGAGAGAUGCAUUUACAGAGAUUAAUCGGCCACCACUGAAACCGAAGGCUACUAUUGACUCAUUGGAUUUGUUGACUAAAAUGUUUCGAAGAAGAGCUGGAGACAUGAAGCUGGCAACUCUUGCAAGAUGUUUUGGGCUUGGACCGCAAACGCAUCGGAGUUUAGAUGAUGUUCGCAUGACUCUGGAUGUUCUCAAACACUGCGCAGCUGUUCUGUUCUUGGAAUCAAGUCUUCCAGAAAUAUUUACAGCGAAUAGUUGGCUUUCUCCAAAUGCUACUACAAGAAGUCGUAGUAAUGGGAAAUCUUUGUCACCUGUUGAGAAUUCUCCAGCUUCUCCUAUUGUGAUGUGCAGCUUAGAAGGCUCUGAAUCAAGUUCAGUAGAUGCUAAUGGAGCUCAACAGCGUCAUUUUGAUUUGCGUGGCCUUUGGGAUGAAUUGAACAGAGAAUCAAUUCAACCAGUUGUAGUGGUUGAUGAAAUGCCCACUUCAGAGACACCCCAGAUGUCUUCUUCGACUGCUGUGUCUGAUGCUUGUAGUAGCAGCUCUAUUGCUUUUGGAGUAAAUGAGAAGUAUAAGGAUCGUGCUGGCCAACCGAAGUUGAAUUUUUUGGCUAUUCUUGAUCCAUCACAAAGCUUAUGUAAGGUUCUUGAAGCUUGUGAUAGUACUGCACGGGGCUUAUCUUUGGAAUCUGGUAGCAGCUCUGAUUGGAGACCAAUUGUUACUAGAAAAGAGGGCUUCUUCCAUUAUGCUGUUGUGCGAUUACACAUACCUACGGUGAUAUGUGAGAAGGUUGCCACAUAUGCAACUGUAAUAUGCCAGAAAGAAUCAUCGGGCACCGUCCGGAGGCUGCUCUUUAGCAAGGUAGAUGUGGAGGAGCUCGGUUCCGUGCUCAAAGUUGGGACAUUUGUUGAUGCAGUCUGCUCCUUAGAUCCCUAUGACUAUAAGCAGCACGCAGGGAUUAGAUUGAUUACUAAAAAAUUGACCAUUAAUUGCAAGUAG